AUGGGAAAUGCACCAAAGAAACAUCAGCUAGGUGAAUACCUCGAUGUGGGACGCUUUUAUACAAAAAGCCAUCAGUUUCAGCUAUGGGAAACAAACGCGUACCUUAGGUUAGGAGAUGCUAAUAGAUUGAACAAUGAUGUUCAAAAGGCAAUGGAGUACUAUGAAAAAGCCUUGAAAAUUGCAAAAAAACGAGGAUAUAAAGUAGAGGAAACGCUCGCGUGCCUUGAGUUAGGACAUGCUUAUAGAUUGAAGAAUCAGAUUCAAAAGGCAAUAGAAUGCUAUGAAAAAACAUUGGAAAUUGCCAAUGAACGAGGAUAUAAACCAGAGGAAACACGCGCUUACUUUGCGUUAGGAGAUGCUUAUAGAUCGAAGAAUCAUGUUCAAAAGGCGAUGGAAUACUAUGAAAAAGCCUUGGAAAUUGCAAAAGAACGAGAAUAUAAACAUGAGGAAACAUGCACAUACCUGGGGUUAGGGCGUGCUUAUAGAUUGAACAAUCAGAUUCAAAAGGCAAUGAAAUACUACGAAAAAGCCUUGGAAAUUGCAAGAGAACGGGGGUAUAAACAAGAGGAAACAUGCGCGUACCUUGGGUUAGGAAACGCUUAUAGAUUGAACAAUCAGGUUCAAAAGGCGAUGGAAUGCUAUGAAAAAGCCUUGGAAAUUGCAAAACAACAAGGAUAUAAACUAGAAGAAACACGGGCGUACCUUGGGUUAGGAGAAGCUUAUAGAUUGAACAAUCAGAUUCAAAAGGCAACGGAAUGCUAUGAAAGGGCCUUGGAAAUUGCAAAAGAACGAGGAUAUAAACGAGAGGAAACACACGCGUACCUUGAGUUAGGACAUGCUUAUAGAUUGAAGAAUCAGACUCAAAAGGCAAUGGAAUACUAUGAAAAAGCCUUGGAAAUUGCAAAAGAACGAGAAUAUAAACAUGAGGAAACAUGCGCAUACCUUGGGCUAGGAGAUGCUAAUAGAUUGAAGAAUCAUGUUCAAAAGGCAAUGGAGUACUAUGAAAAAGCCUUGGAAAUUGCAAAAGAACAAGG